AGGCCGGAGUGCGGUGGGUGGAGGAAGUGUUGUAGUUUCGCUUCCGGUUUUGCUAGGAAUUCUCUGUUUCCCCCAGCUUAGCCCAUCGGUAGCCGAAAAAAAUGAACCGAUUCUUCGGCAAAGCGAAGCCCAAGGCGCCGCCACCCAGCUUGACUGACUGCAUCGGCACGGUUGAUAGCAGGGCAGAAUCAAUUGACAAGAAGAUUUCUAGACUUGAUUCAGAGCUAGUAAAGUAUAAAGAUCAGAUAAAAAAGAUGAGAGAAGGACCUGCAAAGAAUAUGGUAAAACAGAAAGCCUUGAGAGUGUUAAAGCAGAAGCGAAUGUAUGAACAACAACGGGACAAUCUUUCACAACAGUCUUUUAAUAUGGAACAAGCAAAUUAUACUAUCCAGUCAUUGAAAGACACCAAAACAACGGUGGAUGCUAUGAAAUUAGGUGUAAAAGAAAUGAAGAAAGCAUACAAGCAAGUCAAAAUUGACCAAAUUGAGGAUAUCCAAGACCAAUUGGAAGAUAUGAUGGAAGAUGCAAAUGAAAUCCAAGAGGCGCUGAGCAGGAGUUAUGGAACUCCAGAAAUUGAUGAAGAUGAUUUAGAGGCUGAAUUGGAUGCACUUGGGGAUGAGCUCUUAGCUGAUGAAGACAGCUCUUACUUAGAUGAGGCAGCAUCUGCACCAGCAAUUCCUGAAGGUGUUCCUAGCGAUGCAAAAAACAAGGAUGGUGUACUGGUGGAUGAGUUUGGAUUGCCACAGAUUCCAGCUACAUAGAGCUGUCUUUGACAGUAUGUUAUGUAUAAUAAACACAAAUUAUGGAAAACUGGGAAAUAUUUUGCCUUUACAAAGUCAUCAUAAUGAAUUUGCAUAUCCUUGUUCCUUUCCCUGAAAAAAAGUUUAGUACACUAUUUUUUUUUUUUUUUCAUUUAGAGGACAGUUAUUUAAUAGGAACUUUCUUUACAUAAGAUUUUAAAAUUCUUCCAUGUUAAAAAAAAAAAAAAACUUGUAAAAUCUUGGUGGCUACAUAGGACUUCUGUUUUCAUUUUUAUUUGUAUUAUAUUUCUGAAAUAAUUAAAACCAAGGAUAUGUGAUUUCUUUAAAUUCUUCAAUUCCCUGAUGGCUUGAUAAAAGAAGUGAUGCAUUUAUAACGCCUACUUCCUUAUCAAGAUUACUAAACUAUUUUGGACCAUUCUUGUAAUUCUUAAAAUAGUUUAAAUAUAUAUACUAUUGUGAAAUUUAACACUAAUUUAAGAUGUCUUUAAAUGAGAUGUAGGUUUUGUUGUGUCUUUAUGUCAGUAAAUCAUCAUUAUCUUUAACAUUCAAAUUGGUUUUCUUUCUAUGCUUUUUAUCUUAAACCUGGAUAAAAUUUUAAUUCCAAGGUUUCCUCAGUAUUACAGCGAUUACAAUAAGUUGUAAUCAUUAAUGAAAUUAUAUCCUAACACUAAAAGUGUAUUUAUACUUAAUAAAUAUUUUUCAAAAGGAUAUAAUUUAAUAACCUUUCCUUCAAUCUAAAGACUCCACUAACAUACAAAAUUUGCCAAUGGCAAUAUGUCAUGGACAGUGACAAUAUGGUAGAAAAUGCACUAAGUUGGGUUCUAGAAGACCUAGAUCUUAGGUCUGUGUCUGCCAGUUGAUCAGCUGGGUGACUUUGGAUUAGUCAUUUUAUUUAUACGAGCCUUUGUCAUCUUGUUUGUAACAUAGAGUUAAUCAUAGUUUUCUUGCCUAUCUUACAGGGUUGUUGCAAAGAUUAAUUUAGAAUUGUAGGUUUUAAGCUGGAAGAGAGCUUAGAGAUUUUUUAGUCUAACCCCAUCAUUUUACAGAUGAGAAAAAACAAAUCUACAGCAGUGAAGUGAGUUGCCCAAAGUCUCAGAGGUAAUAAUAAGUAGGAGAGUUGGAAUUCAAAUCUGAGUCUUCUAACCAUAAUCCAGUAUUCUUUCCACUGCUCUGUGCCACUUCACAUAUGUUCAGUAACAUAUGGACAUACUCUUUGUAAAAUACUAUAUAAGCAUUAUGUUUUUACACAUUAUAGAUGCUCAAUAAAUAUUUGUUGAAUAAA